AAAACGUUAUGCUGUAUUUCUACUAAACAGGAAUUCAUUUGUGACAAGGUUUUACCUAACAAUUUUAUUGAAAUAUUAAAAACCUCCAAAACGUAAUAACUGAUUUUUGUAACUUGUAGUAAUUUAUGUUUGUUUAACGUUUUACUAGAUCCCAACAUUAUAAUAGUACAAUAUUGUGAAAUAAAAACUGCAUCAACAAAAAUCAUUAUGCGCACUUUAACUGUUCUCGUGUUAGUAUUGGUGUUGGUGGUAUUGGGAUUGGGCCUCAAAAGCAAAAAAAGGCCCGCGGCGAAACGAGCAUCUAGAGCUGGAUGCAUCGCCAAAGGACUGUGCCCAGACCGAGACGCCAAGAAAGCAUUAGUCAGAAGCCAGACAAGAGAUUGUAAAGAUGCGAUCAGAUCAUGCAAACGAGAUGGAAUGGCGUCUUGCGAUCUCCAAACAAGUGGAUGCACUGCAGAGUUGAUUUCCACUUUCAAAACUUGCAAGGAGUGCAUUAGCAAGCCAGCAAGUGAAGAAUGAGUUGAAUCUUUGUCGACAGUUUCAGUUCCCUUUACUUGAUUUGGGAGAAAAUAUACCGACCGUCCAGUGACUUUCUUCAUCUACUAAAUGUCAUGUUUUUUUUUUUUUUUUGCAAGAUUAAUAAAAAAAAUCACAAAUAAACGAUGUUUUUGUAAAUAUGUUCGAAGUUUUUCAUUUUUGUUUCACGAUUGUCUUAAAUAAACUUUAAAUUCACCAAUAUUGAAAUCUAGCAAUUAAUUCUUCAGUAUUUUUGACCUUUUUUAAAGUAAUUUCAUCAAAAUAGCAUUCGAAAUGUAACAUUCAUAAAUCACAGUAUCGCAUCUUAAACCUUAUGUGUAGCCUAUUUUGUGAAAUUUGAGUGCUGCUCUGUUUUUUCAGUUUCAACGAAUAAAAAUAACAAAGGAAAUAUAA